AUGCGCGAGCGUAUAGAGCUAAACGCACAGAUCGCCGACGAGGGCAAAUGGCUGCAAGAAGCGCAGGAACGCCUUGACAACGCUCGGCAAAUUGUGGGCCCCAAAGCUUCUAGUUCGGUCAGUCGCCAGUUACCGGUGGUUCUCAGAUCACCCGUUGUCUCGAAAUCGCCAGCGUUUUCAGUUGCUUCCGGCCAAGACAUCAACAGCGCCGUGGACGCCUUCAUAGAAUCUAUUCUGGACCCUACGAACAGGAAUACGGCAUUGGGUAAUAGAAAGAUGUUUGAAGAUAGCCAAACCUUUCUUGAUAACAGCACCAAUGAUCACGCGCCUGCAAGAUUUGAGCGGGUUCAGCGGAAGGCUGAUCUUCUGAUAUCUCACCAGCCUUACAUCCCAGAGCCCGGGACUUCGAUUGUUCUCCCUGGGCAAAGCCUGACGGCUAACGGGGACGUGAAACGGGAGUUUCCGCCUCUGUUGAUGGGGGACAACCACGCGGCGCCUGGACUUUCCUACCAGAACAUCCGAUCUACGGCGAGCCGUAUGAACAGGAUAAAACCCCCGAAGAAAAGAAGAGGCAUUUCUCCGAAAAAGGAUCCAACGUAG